AUGUGGUCUUUAACAUCUCCGUUGAGCCUCUUGGUAUUUGGUUCCAUUGUGAACGCCACUACGGUCAACCGACUCCGCGCAAGAGCCAGCAUACCAUCCCAGCAAUCAUUUGACUCUGAGUCGACGAUGUUCCGAUCGCAAGGACAGUGUCGAGUCUAUACGGCAAAUCCCACUAAAGGAAAAGCUAGCACCAUGGACCUUUGUUCGAAUGUUUGCGGCGGCGACUUGUAUGCGAGAGCAGCAAAGUCAUCACUAGACUGUGUUUCCGUGUCUUGUAUGGGACGGGGAGGCCUACCAUCAGACAACCCAAGUGUCCCCGAUCCACAAAACGAUCUGUUUGUUAUGGGAUACUGCAAGUGUUCAUUUCCCGUCAUCGAAUUUAUGGCGAGUGAGUUCGCUGGAGUCGUGCUUCCGAAAAUUGCUACAGUGGCAUGCGCGACAUUUCAAACCGCUAUUGAAGGGGUCCUUAAGGAAGCACUGGAGAUCGGAGCAAAUUUCAUCCCAGUCAUUGGACCGGAAGCGUCCGUCGGUCUCAGGCUCGCAAUUCAAAGCGCUAAAACACUCACCAAGUACGGAGGAGAUGCUAUCGAUUUUGUGAACUAUGUUAGCACACCGUGUGGGUUGGGUGGUCAGGACGUUGUGAACGACAUCAACAACGCUUUCGACUUUUUGGCUAAGGUAAAGGAUGCUGCUGGUGUUGCGGAGGCUCUAGCUUGUCCACCAAAGAAGAGCUGUGGAAAGAAGCCUAAAAUGGCUUGA